CCAAUGAAAGGCUGGGGUAAACUUCCGCACCUCUCCCAUCUCAGCUCCCCCCUCCCCCCGCACAAACAGGCCGGGGAGAGGUGGGGGGGAUUUCCAAGCCUCAGCUCCUCGCAGUUUCCUCUCCUUGUUUUGCUUUCGAUCUGGACUCUUCUCAGCCAAAGCAGAGGGAGUAACUUUUAGUUUUGCUCCUGCGAUUAUUCAGCUGAGUGUUUUCAUUUCCAUUUUGCAUCCCCUGGCAACAGCGUUAACCUUGAGGAAUUAUAUAAAUACCGCGAAUAACACAUUAAACAAGGUAACAAUGCCUGUGGAAAGAAUGCGGAUGCGUCCAUGGCUGGAAGACCAAAUAAAUUCAAACACAAUACCAGGGUUAAAAUGGCUAAAUAAGGAGAAGAAGAUUUUUCAGAUUCCCUGGAUGCACGCUGCACGACAUGGGUGGGAUGUUGAAAAAGAUGCUCCUUUAUUUAGAAACUGGGCAAUUCACACAGGAAAAUUUCAACCAGGAGUAGAUAAACCUGAUCCAAAGACAUGGAAGGCAAACUUCCGAUGCGCUAUGAACUCCUUGCCUGAUAUAGAAGAAGUCAAAGACAAAAGUAUAAAGAAAGGAAACAAUGCCUUCAGGGUUUACAGGAUGCUACCCUUAUCCGAAAGGCCUUCCAAAAAAGGAAAGAAACCAAAGACUGAGAAGGAUGACAAAUCCAAACAAAUAAAGCAAGAACCAGUUGAGUCAUCUUUUGCAGUGACUAAUGGAAUAACUGAGGUCUCUUCUGACUGCUUCCUACCCUCCACUAUAAAAAGUGAAGUUGACAGUACUGUGAACAUUGUAGGACAGCCCCACCUUGAUGGCAAUACUGAGGAGCAGGUGAUAGUUGCCAAUCCUCCUGAUGUUUGCCAAGUAGUAGAGGUGACAACAGAGUGUGAUGAGCAGCCCCUCAGCAUGAGUCAGCUAUACCCUCUGCAGAUCUCCCCAGUCUCCUCCUAUGCAGAAAGUGAAACGACGGACAGUAUUCCCAGUGAUGAAGAAAAUGCAGAGGGUCGGAUUCAUUGGCAAAAGAAAAACAUUGAAGGCAAACAGUAUCUGAGCAACCUGGGUAUGAGGAACACUUCUCAUAUUCUUCCCAGUAUGGCUACUUUUGUGACUUCCAACAAGCCUGACCUCCAGGUCACUAUCAAAGAAGAAAGCUCCCCACUGCCUUACAACAGCUCCUGGCCCCCUUUCCCAGCUAUCCCUCUCCCACAAGUAGUGUCUUCAGCUUCUGCCAGCAGCAGCAGGCCAGACCAUGAGACACGGGCUAGUGUCAUCAAGAAAACAUCAGACAUCACCCAGUCGAGAGUCAAGAGCUGCUAAGCCUUUGACUGUGUCUGUUUAGUUUUGGUUUGUUUUUGUAUUUUAUGUCUCUCUAGAAGAGGUGCAACUCUGACGCACAUUAGACAAAUCUAAGGGAAAGCCUUGACAAUAUAGAACAUUGCUGUGUCCGACUCCAGUACUGGAGCUUUUUAACUCAGGACUCCAGCCAUCAGUAUGUAUACCUGAAACCAGAUGGAUUUCCAAGGUUACUGCAUAGGAAAAACAGAACUUUGGCCCACUUAUAUAAGUUCCAGUACUUCAUAAGAGGACCAACAACCACAAGGGAAGUGGUGUUGCGGCACUUCUUGCAGUCAAGGCUGUGAUGGAACUGAAAGCCUCAGAAUGGAAGAGAAAAUGUGAACUAGCUGGAAUUUUUUUUAAAUAAAAAAAAAUCUAUUGUGAAUAUGUACAUAGUGCAGUACUAGCAACAUUGCAGUCUGCUUCUGCACCUUAUUAAAAAGCACUUACGAAAAGGCCUUUUAUUACCUUGCUCUAAUGAAUGGCACAUUCAAAGCCCCCUCCCAUCUUUAUUCUUUUCCAAGGCUAUUCUUUCUAACAAGUCUUGAGAAGUAUGGGAAAGAAAAGGAAGGUGAACCUUCCUAUAUGGAUUUCACACAUUAAGACUGCUUUUCUCGUGUUUGUUUCUAAUCUGCUAUGCUUGAAUGCCGCGUGGUACAAUAGGAAGAAAAAUAUUACAGAGAUAUUAUGCAAAUUCCCAGAUUUCAAGAAGGAAAAAAAUACUCUAAUUCUAACCAGAGCAAGCUUUUUUAUUUUUUAUACAGGGGAAUAUUUUAUUCAAAGUAAAAUUCUAAAGUGAAUAUAAUUGUUUUUUUUUAAAUCUUUUCUACAGCAAAUUUAUAAUUUUAAGAUUCAGUUCUUGGUGGGUUAUCAGCAGUUAUUACAUCCUUGUGGCACAUUUUUUUAAUUUUGUAAAGGUGAAAUAGCUUUUAUGAGCUCAUGUAGCAAUCAAAUUAUCCUGUGGAUUGAUAAUAAAUAUGAUAUAGUUAAAUUUUUAA